CGACCAAUUCCAAUCUCUCACAUCAAGUUAAAAGAAAAUAUAAAAUAAAAGAUAAAGAUAAGCCCCAAGUGCAUUGCAGCAAGGAAACUCACUCAAUUCCCAGAGAAAGAGAGCAAAAAUAAACUGAUGAUUUCUCUACAACCCUAUAAAUCAUGUCUUCAAACAACAUUUGUAUUCAGCCCUUCAAACUUUAUUACAAAUCAUAGACACACACAAACAAGCCUGAUAGGACAAAGGAAGAUAAAAGUACAUAGAAGAAAUGUCAAGUGCAAUGCAGAAGAAAAGAAGAGUGAGAGGAGAACGUUUUUGACAUUGGAAGAAGCUGGUUUGGUUGAGAUGUCUGGAUUGAGCACUCAUGAGCGUUUUCUAUGUCGUCUAACGAUAUCUUCACUGAAUUUACUAAAAGUGAUAUCAGAACAAGAAGGGUGUCCAAUAGAGGAGCUCAAUGCUGGAAAGGUAUGUGAUUGGUUCCUAAAAGACAAGCUCAAAAGGGAGCAGAACAUUGAUUCUGCUGUUCUUCAGUGGGAUGAUUCGGAUUUCCAAUUUUAAUUCUUUUUCUUCUAGCGUCUUGCUAAGUUUUCUUUUCCCACUACAUAUAAAAUUGAAUUACAACUUUAUAUUUUAGGGCCUCUUCUAUUGCUGAUCAAUUUUCCUUCUUUUGUGCAAAAUGUGGUUCCAAAAAUGCAACCCCCUUGUUUAGAAUAACAAGAGAAUAAGCUUCUAUCAAUUGUACUUUCUCAUGAAUCGGGUUUUAAUUUCUUUCGAACAUAAUCAACAGAAAAAGGCUAAAUUUAUAUUC